CUCACCAUCAUCACAUCUUCUCUCUCUCUUUAAACCAGCAAUGGCUGUUUCUUCAAGUCCAUGGGCUCUCAUAGCUCUGUUUCUGAUGGCCUCUUCUACUGUAAUGGCAAUUCCUCCACGGAAGGCCAUUGAUGUGCCAUUCGGCCGAAACUACGUCCCAACUUGGGCUUUUGACCACCAGAAGCAACUCAAUGGUGGUUCUGAACUCCAACUCAUCCUCGACAAAUACACUGGGACAGGGUUUCAAUCCAAAGGGUCAUAUUUGUUCGGACAUUUCAGUAUGCACAUAAAGCUGCCAGCUGGUGAUACCGCUGGGGUCGUCACUGCAUUUUAUCUGUCGUCGACUAACAACGAGCAUGACGAGAUAGACUUCGAGUUUCUCGGGAACAGGACAGGCCAGCCAGCAAUAUUGCAGACUAAUGUGUUCACAGGAGGAAAGGGAAACAGAGAGCAACGCAUUUAUCUCUGGUUCGACCCUUCAAAGGCUUAUCAUACUUACUCCAUCCUCUGGAAUCUCUACCAAAUUGUAUUCUUUGUUGACAACAUACCAAUCCGUGUGUUCAAGAACGCAAAGGAUCUAGGAGUACGUUUCCCAUUCAACCAACCGAUGAAGCUAUACUCGAGCCUUUGGAACGCUGACGAUUGGGCCACCAGAGGAGGUCUAGAGAAAACCAAUUGGGCUAAUGCACCCUUCAUAGCUUCCUACCGAGGAUUCCACAUCGACGGGUGCCAAGCUUCUGUGGAGGCCAAGUACUGUGCUACCCAAGGCCGCAUGUGGUGGGACCAGAAUGAGUUCCGUGACCUUGAUGCCGAACAAUAUCGUCGUCUCAAAUGGGUUCGCAUGAAAUGGACCAUCUACAACUACUGUACCGACCGUACAAGGUUCCCAGUUAUGCCAGCCGAAUGUAAACGGGACAGAGACGUGUGAGUACUAUUUAAGGUUUCAAAACUCUCAAUGGACCGGAUUAUUAUGAGUAUUAUGCAUCUGUUCAAAAGAUUGCUAUGAAAUAUGUAUGCCUGUUGUUACGUUAUGUUGAUGCUUUGUUUGGACCUAUAUUUAUGUUAUUAUUCUAUUGUUUAGCUAUGUUUCUUAUUAGUUCCAAAAAAGAGAGCUACGUUUCUUAUCUGUCACGUGAUUUAUAAAACUUACAAGUCUUUUGUUGGCA